GACUGGCACAGACCUCGAGCGCGAGGACCGCGAAAUCAACAGGGCCGCGUUUUUGGACAACAUCAACGUGCUGUAUCGCGACCCUGACCUGAACGUCAAAUGCGAAAAUGGAUCGCUUCGAGGGUUGCGGCCCAGCACCGUGCGCAGGAGACCGCCGGCAAUUUCGACGCAGUCAGCGCCCCUGCAAAUUUUCGACGUGGGCUUCAAAGUCGCAUUCAUCACCAAGAAAACGAAACUCACCCAGGAUGCGCUCGAACGAGCAGCUGACCACGACCCUGAAGCUCCCAACCAAAUCCUCGUGCACCUCCUGGUCCUGGGCGUGCAACUGAAACUGCCAGAAGCGACGAAGAAACCGAAGGUCAUGGAGAUGUCGCGCGAGUGCCGUUGCAACAUGAUCGGCCAGGGGCGCGGUGAAGAUUGGGCGGACGCCACCGUCUUCGACAAAAAACACGGGCGCUAUGGCAUGACCAAGCAUCCGAUCCACCAGUGGUUCGGAGAUACCAAAGGCCCCAACGCGAUCCCGCUUUGGAGCGGCGCGAACAAGGAUUGCACCCAGGUCGUCCUCGCGCAGGACGCGGCCUUCGAGAAGAAAACUCCCCCCCCAGCCAAAGCGUUCCGCGCCGAGGCGAAGUCAGCGGCAAAAACUGCUGGCAUGGAGAAGGCGCGGGCUGAUAUGGCCAAGCGUAAGGAGGAAUUGGCCACCAAGCGCGCCCUGAAGCUCGG